UAUUGUAUGAGUUAUGAUUCAACUCGUAUUUAUUCAUUUUUAAGUUAUCCUUUAACUAGAGAUAUGAUUGCAACAACUGACAAUAAUUCUAAAGCAAUGAUUUUAAAAUUAUAUUUUGAUAGUUAACCAACAACAAAGCAGAGUUAAAAUUUAGUUUGUUAAGCUUAAUAUAAAUAUCCCUAAUAUGCUAAUAGAAUCCUUAUUGGAGAUUGGUCAUUAUGUAAAGAUGUAACAGAGAUUAAUGAUAAUAAUGUCACAACAGAUUUAAAUAAUUUAAAUAAAGUUACUCUCAUUAAAUCAUAUGCUUAAUAAAAACCAUAUCCAUUGUAUUUAUACUUUUUGGCUGAUUAUGAUAACUUAAUUGACAUUUUACCUGAAGAAUUAACUCUACUUGGAGAAUAAGAGCUCACAGCUAUCUUUUUAUAAAACAGCAAUUUAAUCUUAUCUUCAAAUUCAUAGACUAAACUUAUAGAUACAAGUGAAAUUAAACUGGUUCCUGAAUUAAAAAUCAAUCUUAAUUUUGCUUAAUCAAAACUUAUAGCUGAUAUAUCUAUUAUAAAUGUGGAUGGGAUUAUUGCUGUUGGAAUUACAGAAUUGGGAGUUUAAAUUAAUGUCUCAGAAUUCUUUGUUUAAACAUCCACAAAAUUUAUAAUUAAGGAUCUUAUAAGUGUUUAAUAAAAUUUUUUUGUAAACUAUCAAAUAUCCAAUUUAGAUAUUGGAAAAGAUUAUAUUGUAAAUAUUGUUGGAUUAUUGGUAAUUUUUAUAAUUAAACCUUAGUAUCCUCAAGCUGAAAGUCCUAAUAGUGGAAUUAUUAGAAAACCAAUACUUGCCUCAAGAAUCAAGACUUUAAAUUGUUAAAUUCUAAAUGUAAUAAUUAUAUGUAUAAUUUUUAUAUUCUAAUUUUGA